GCCUUUGCAAAGGAGGACACACGACGCACUCUACCCUUUCUUCAUCUCUUUUUGUUUGCAUUUCAUUUUCUCUUCUUCCAUCCUUGACAUCCAUCUGAGUUUUCACCUCUAUUCUCACCGUCAUCAACAACACUACCAUCAAGCGACACGCUCCCUAUCCUCAAUUAAUUGAUCACUCCACCAUCCCCUCACAAUGGCCUCCCCACAGCAGCUGAAGACCACCACCACCGAUCUUCUCAAGAUCAAACACCCAGUGAUCCUGGCUGGCAUGAACGUUGCUGCUGGGCCCAAGCUGGCUGCAGCAGUCACCAAUGCCGGUGGCCUCGGUGUCAUUGGAGGAGUUGGAUACACACCAGACAUGCUUCGAGAACAGAUCGCUGAGCUGAAGGGCUACCUCAAUGACAAGACCGCCCCCUUUGGUGUCGAUCUCCUCCUCCCCCAGGUUGGUGGUAGCGCCAGAAAGACAAAUUAUGAUUACACAAAGGGAAAACUCGGUGAAUUGGUUGACAUCAUCAUCGAAUCCAAGGCCGCACUAUUUGUCUCCGCGGUCGGUGUUCCUCCUCGUGAGGUCGUCGACAAGCUACACUCGCAUGGCAUUCUCUACGCUAACAUGAUCGGACACGUUAAGCACGUCAAGAAGUGUUUGGAGCUCGGCGCCGACAUCAUCUGCGCCCAGGGCGGAGAAGGCGGUGGACACACUGGUGAUAUUCCCACCAGCAUCCUCAUCCCCGCCGUCGCAAAGAUCCUCCGUGAGGCACCAAACUCCAAAUUCACUGGCAAGCCCGUCCAGUUGGUCGCCGCCGGUGGUAUUUUCAACGGCCAAUCUCUAGCCGCUGCCUUGACUCUGGGUGCUUCAGCCGUCUGGGUUGGCACCAGAUUCGUUUUGUCCGAGGAGGCUGGUGCUCCCAAGGCCCACCAGGAAGCCGUCCGCACUGCUGGCUUCGAUGACAACAUUCGCACCAUCAUCUUCACUGGCCGACCCCUCCGAGUGCGAAACAACGAGUAUAUUAAAAACUGGGAAGAGAAUCGACAAGCUGAGAUCAAGACCCUCACCUCCAAGGGUGUUAUCCCUGUUGAGCAUGACUUCGAAGAGAAAGGUGAUGAUCUCACAGAUGAUGAUAUGGAAAAUGCGCGUCCUUUCCUGAUGGGCAAAGCCGCUGCUGUGGUCAACGAGAAGAAGUCUGCCCGCGCCAUUGUCGACGAAUUCGUGAACGAUGCUGUCGCUGUUCUGAAGGAGACCAAUGGCUUAAUUGUCUCCAAGAGCAAGCUAUAGUCGAUCCUUGUAUCACAUUUGGCCGUGUAAAUGAACCUCGAGUAAAAUAUGACACACGUUGGCAAUAGCGUUGUUUGGC